GACUAUCUUCGAUUGAAAUCAGUUCAAUUUCAGGUACCAUCCCCUUCCAAUAGCCUCGGUUUCAUCUGCUAAAGCUCCGACAUGAAGAGUUUCAUCAUAGCGUUGGUUUGCAUUUCCACGGCAUUUGCCGAUGUGAGCGAGUUGUUCCUCCAACCCGUGCCUCUAGUGCAUCACGACCACAUUGAGGAACACCACCACCAGGAGGCUCGUCCGUACGACAUCCUGUCAGAACAUGAACCCAGCACCUUGGAACUCAUCUCCGAAGCCAUCCACGAGGAAGAACCCGCUGCCGUUCCAUUUGGGCUGAUAAAUGAAGGCGUUGAAAUCGUUGAAGCCAUUGAAGUCCUGCCGGUGGCCGAUGGCGAAGUGCAACGUGUGCAGCUGACAGAAACCCAUCAGGACUACCAAGGACCAUACCAUUACGAGAAACCAAAGGUCCAGCUGGACUACGGGGCACCGAUUGUGGCGGAGAAGAUUCCAGAGAUUGAGGCUCCAAUCGUCAAGGAUCAGCUGGUUGAUAACAACUACCUGCCACCGAAGUACAGCCAAGAUAAUCUCGUUAAGCGACAUAUCAAAUACAUUGUUAGACGUCGUGUUUAAUUUUGAGUGGAAUGUAACUGAAAUUGAUCAAACUUUGGGCUGAUAUUGAAUGAAUAAAUAAAAUGACGACAGUUCAAA